CGAAGAAAGAAAAAAAUGAGCGAGAAAGAGGGAGAAGCCAGAAUACCAACGAGAAGAGAAGCGUUGCUAAUUUUUUUCUGUUUGUUUGCUUUUCCAUGCAUGCAUAAUGAAGGAUAAUUAGAGCAUGCUGUGACCGUAGGUUUGUAUUUAAGGUCUCCUAAUAAUCCAUAAACGGAGAUGAGAAGCUUUUAGUAUCUUAUGUUGUAAGGGAAGCAACAAGAAGGGGGCAGCUGGGUUUUUGUUUCAACCUCCUGAAAACCUCUGUGAAAGUGCAGCACAAGGACUGCACACUACUUGCUGGACUAAGCCUCCGAGCGGGGAAAUUAAGCGAUCCAGUGCGAAAGUUGUCAGAUCGUGGAAAACUGCUGCACGGGAAAGGGUUUCUACAGUUGAGAAGAAUCGAUUCUUCCCCGCAGACUCUGGAUUCUUGCUUCAGAUUUAAUGGAUAUAUGAGAGCCUUAUGAAAAAAAUCAACAAAGGUUUAGCAUUAUCUCAGCUGCAAGCACCACGAUGGCAAAUUAUGCCUGUUUGAGCCAGUGCUUCAGCCGGGUGGUCUGGCUUUUCGUGGGCUUAAUCGUGGUUUUCGGUUCAAUUUCAUUGACUUCGCCUGCCCAUGGCCGUCGGAUGAUAUGCUGGCAAGCCAUCAUGAAGUGUCAGGGUGAAGGGGAAUGCAACUAUGCUUACGGGCAGUAUGUUGAAGCCUGCUCCUCGAUAAUAAACAGAGAUCGCCACCGGUGCCCAAGUCACUGCAUCUCUGCCCUCAUUCAGCUGAACCACACUAAGAAUGGACCCGCUCUAGAGGACUGCGACUGCGCUCAGGAUGAGCGUUGCAGAGCCACCAAGCGAGCAAUCGAGCCCUGUUUGCCAAGGACUAGUGGAGUUUUGGGCUGCACCGAAGCAAGGCGCCAGUGCGACAGGGACCCCCGGUGCAGCACUGCCAUGCGUAAUUAUUUAAUACACUGUGGCAAACUUUUCAACGGGAUUCGGUGCACUGAUGAGUGCAGGGCUGUAAUAGACGACAUGCGGUAUGUGCCUAAAGCAGCCCUUUUGAAUGAUUGUGUGUGUGAUGGAAUGGAGAGGCCCAUCUGCGAGGCCAUAAAGGAUAACAUGGCAAGGCUUUGCUUCGGGUCCGAUUUCAACACCGGCAGCGGUGGCUCAGACGAUGAGGACGACUAUGAAGACUAUGAGGAUCCAAUAAUAGUGGACUACGCCAGCAAAGAAAACAGUGGAUGUCUUUUGAGACCCCUAAAUGUUUUGACUUUGAUGGCAUCCAUUUUGCUUCUAUUUCCUUUUCUUUAAUCCUUAAAUUAAUUAUUCACCAAGUUUUGCUUCUGUCAGUUUAACUUCUUCUAAAGACUUUGAUCUGUCACUCAAAGACGCUCGCCUGGUUGCUGUUGAAUAUAUGCGACCCCAAAGGGUGUGUGAAUUAAAGUUUGCAUGGCAAUAUCUAAUUGUCCAAUCAUAACACAUUGAUUUUAGCCCAAAGGUCUAUCACGGAUCACGCGCGCUCGUGUUCUGUGUUGAAAUGGUUAAACGUCACUGUGUUUUGGUCAGUAUAGUUAAGAGUUUUACAUUUUGGUAUUUAUUUUUAAAUGUGUUUUUUUUUUUUUUUUUUUUUUGGUUGCCUGUGUUGGCAUGAAGUGAUGCUACCAAAUAAGCUUUGUAUUUGCAAUACUACUGCCUUACUGCCAGAAAUUUGCAAUUUUCUAAGUUAGUCACAUACUAGCCGGUAUUUUUGACAUCGUUCAGUUGAUCAUUUGUCAUCUGAAGUUAUAUUGUGUGCUGUCAUUGUUGACAGUCGAUAUGGCUCAAAAUAAUAUAUAUAUAUAUAUAUAUAUAUAUAUAUAUAUAUAUAUAUAUAUAUAUAUAUAUAUAUAUAUAUAUAGAUAGCUAGAUAGAUUUUAAAGGCUACUAUGGUAAAAUGAAUGAACAAUGCAAGUUAUGUUUUUUUUUUAACUUUUAUAUAAACUCUAUUUUUUAAAGAUGUUGCUUCAGUGGUAUCAGGGUUUCACCUCUGGUAUAUCUUCAUUAAAGUCUAUUUAAGAUUGGAGUUAGUUACCAGUCGAAUCGUUUGUUGUACAUAAAAUGUUAUAAUCGAUGCAUUUGGAAAUAAUUUAUUUUAUAAAAGUGUUCUGAUCCAGUUCCAUAGUUUCAAGACUAAGUUUGUAAUUCAGUUCAUACCUAAAGGUACAGAAUCCAAUUUUAUUUGAAAGGGAAGUGAUUUAUUAUUACAUUGACGUAUGUAUGCUCUAAAAGUCAACUGUACAGUGUAUUAUAUAGAUUUUUCAGAGGUUAUCUUUUUAACUGUGUUUUUUGAGAGGAAUUAUUCACUGUCUAGAAAUGUGUAAAUGCAUUGUAUGGCUGCCUUAACGUUGUAUUUUUAUAGAAGGCAUAAAAAGAGACAUAUUGUUUAAAAGCA